UCAAUAUGACUGUUAAUGGCCACAUCCGAUAGCGAACAUGACAACUCUUCCUCUCCGAAGUCGGAAAGCAAAUUUGGACAUUCUUAUGAGGAUGAAAGAUUUGCAAGAGCAGAAGAAACUAAAGUAGCUGACCCUAAAGGCUCUCCUAUUGUUUGGGGUAGACAAGAAAGUAUAUUUCUUGCUGAAUCUUCGACUUCUUUGGAAGACAUUCAAACUAUAUACACUGAAAGGUGUGAAACGGCUCCACUUACAACCGCAAAUGAAUCAGCAAAUACGAUAACAGAAGAACCAGAUUUUUCUGAUGAGUUUGAAUUAGUUGCCGAUUUUAGCGAGGGAGACUUUACAGUAGAGAAUGAAGGCAAUAGUGGAUCAUUAGAGGACGAAGCGCGGACCAAUUUCUUAAGUAAGAAGUUUAAAAUUCUCACCUCAUCCCAGACAUGCACCAGGACACAAACUGACACGGAGGGAAGAAGUGACGAUAAAGUUGCUGCCCAAAACUGUCAGGAAAUCAACUUCUGUGCAAGGAAAUUGGAAUUGGUGGAAACAAAUGGAAAGAGAACUGGAAUAGGACACUCUGACCAGAGAGUGAUGGCAAAGGCAAAAGGGAUGUCACAUGGACAAGAUAAACCCAUUGAGGGUAACAGAAGAAAGAUUGAAAAUUUAAUGAUUGAGAACUUGAUGAACAAGGCAAAAAAGCUUAAAGAAUGGGACUUCCACAAUCCUAAACACUGCACUGACUGCAGGAAAAUGAAGGCUAGUGUUGCAAGCAAGACUUUUUUGAAAAGAAAAGUGGAGAUAGCAAAGAGAGCUGAGUUUGAAGAGAGACUUCAGUUACAUUUGUAUCACAAGGAUUCUGCUACCCUCCUUGCUGAAAUAGUGAAUUCUUGUACAAAGCCAUCUGAAUCCCCAGCUGAAGUUUGGGAAAAACUACUUUGCCCAGAAAGAAAAAUAUGAUAACUGGUGUAAUACCAAUAUUAGUUACCAAGCUCUUGGCAAGUGGAGACGAGUAAAAAAAUGUGGGAGUAAAAAUCUGAAGGAUUCUAUGUACUGUAAUGUUGCUUAUUCCC